AUGGCGUCACGUGAGUCGGGAAGAAUACGCGAAGCAGACAAAAAGCGUGUUCUAGAUGAGGCAUCCCGUAAGCGUCGGGCUCGUAAGGCUCUGGAAGCCCUCGAACAGGACAAUUACCAUGAAGAUCCACACGCAGAUCUGGUCAUGUCAAAAAAAGUUCCGAAAUUUCACGAUAAUCUGGAUAAUUCAAAUAAUCCCAAGAAAAAAACGAAACGUAGUAAGGGGGCGGAAUACUAUCGGGCAAAAUAUAGGAAAACAUUUCCGCAACUGCUGGAAGAGGACAAAAUGCAGCGACCGGACGGGCCAAACUAUUUUACGGCCGCUACACCGCCUUCAAAGUUCCCAGAGCGGCAUUUUUGCGCCGUUUGCGGAUUCCCUUCCAGCUAUACCUGUACUGCGUGUGGAACUCGUUACUGCUGUGUGCGCUGCUUGGGAACCCAUCAGGAUACGCGAUGCCUUAAGUGGACUGCUUGAGCCGUACUUUGUCCGACUUUACUGCUGUAGAAGUUGAAUUACAAAUAAAGAUAAUAAAAUAAUA